GCAACGCGCCUAUAACAUGCAUCGUUUGCUCUUCACUCAACUUGACUACCUAAAUACAUUUCAUAAAGAAUAUUAUCUCCGACCAUUCCACAAACCAGUCGUCCGUCAGCUUUGAGAUGCUACGGCGAUCGUCGCUAGCUGACUGAAUCUAUUUGAUCAGUUGUGAUGUUCAAUUCAAUGCUUCUCAAUGUUACCGGCAUCAUUGUCAUAGUGAUUAUUCUGUCCGAAUGCAUCGAAAGUAAUUUUAACGACAACUUCUACAAUGCAUCUUUGCUAAAUUUUUACAGAAGAACUGCAUUAAAUGACUUAUAUUCGGAGGAAGAAAAGUACAGCGUAGAUCACAGUAGAAAUCAACAACAAAACAAUGCUGGAGAAUUUUCACACAUGGCGUCAGUUGGAUGGAAUACUGGAGACAAAAUUCACUAUUUAUGUGCAGGAACACUUAUUUCAUCCAAGUUCGUUCUAACGGCGGCUCAUUGUAUGCUGAAUGGCGAUGGAAAACAACCUACUGUUGUUCGAUUAGGUGAUCCCAAUUUAGUUGGGGUUGGAAACGAUGCUCUAAGUCAAUUGAUCGGAAUACGUAAUUUUAGAAGGCACCCCAAAUAUCGCUCUAGUAGAAAAUAUUUUGAUAUCGCAAUCAUAGAACUGGAAACUGAAGCUAAAUUUGAUGGAGCAACGUGCCCCGCGUGCUUGUGGCCAGAAGAAGAUAUGCCUACCGAAAAAUUGCAUGCAAUAGGCAAUGGCGGGAUGGUUCAUAAGAAACGUCCGAACCCACUCUUGCAAAAAAUUGCAUUAUCGUACAUUGAUCGACCAACCUGCACUGAACAGCUCCCAGUUAGUACAAGAGCCCUACCCCAUGGAUUUUCCAAGGAGCAAUUUUGCGCCGGGAGUGACAAUGUGGAUACUUGUGAAGGAGAUUCAGGAGGGCCACUCCAAGUGGAGAGAGUUCUUAAAGAUGGAUCUGUUAUACCUCUUGUCGUUGGAAUAGUUUCGUUUGGAUCACCAUGCUCAUCGAACUCCAUAGGAGUUUACACACGUGUUGCAUCCUUUGUAGAUUGGAUAGAGGAAGAAACUGAACAGAAUUUCGAUUACACAACCUGUAGUAGUUCGCCGUUCUGCCUUAGGAGAAAAUGUGCGCACUCGAAAAAGGAAGAAUACUCCGUGCUAAAAUAAAUCUGAUUGAAAAUCAAAAAUUUGAAAAUUGAAAUUGAAAAUUUUACCUUCCAAUAAAUGUAAUGAACAUGUUUGAACAGUGCA